AUGAGUUCGUCUAGGUGGACAGAAAAUAGGGAAGUAAAUAAAGAAAUCCAAAAACUAAAACUUCAACAGCAAGAGCAAAAUUUGGUUACUUAUUUCAGUUCUUCAUCAGAACGAUCAGAUUCCGGAACAAGUGCUGAAGAAAAUCGAAGCGAAAGUUCAGACAAUGAUUUAUAUAGUGGAACAUCCGACAGAAAUUUAACAGAUGAAAGUUUAAGAAUGACGACAGAAAAUUUACUACUUCACCAGGACAUUUGUGCUAGGGGACAAUUGAUUGAAUUUGAAUCUUCAGCCUCAGAUAGAGAUAACAGAUCUGCGGUAUCUGCGGCACAUUUUGACAACUCCUUACAUAAUAAUGACACAUCAUCUUUAUACACAACAACCACAGAUUCUGCUGCAAUUUAUUACAACACAAGUACCGAUAGUAGCUACAGCGAUGAAAUUUUAAACAACUUUGAUGAUAUUGCAAAUGAAAAUCCAAUUGAGGAAGCUUUUAACGGACUAACCAUUACGGAGCGUAUCGCACAGAUAAAAAUCAAGACUAAUUGUUCUCUAACAACUAUCGCUGAAAUUUCAAAUCUCUUACGCGACUUGGGGCAUAACAUACCUAAGGAUCCAAGAACCAUUAUGAAGACGAAAGUUUGCGACUUAACCAAGUUAAAUAACGGUGUCCAAUGCAACAGCAACUCAUUCGUCCACCUUGGAUUAAUUGAAGGGAUAAGGAAAAAAUUGAUGAACGCCGACAAAAAGCUGAUGAUGCUUAUUCUUCAAUUUAAUAUUGAUGGUUUACCGCUCUGGAGGAGUAGCCGCACGCAAUUCUGGCCAAUUGUUUGUCGCAUUAUUAAUUGUCAAGAUAGUAGUGAAUUUCUCGUCACUUUACACUGUGGAGUUGGAAAACCGCUAAGCGUCAGAUCAUAUCUUCGGCCUUUUUUGGACGAAUUAAAAGCGCUUUUAAACGACGGAUUACUUCACUUUGGGCAAAAAUUUGACAUUCGAAUUGGCGCUUUCUGUUGUGACGCACCAGCUCGCGCAUUAAUCAAGCAAAUCAUUGGACACACGGGAUAUUGCGCAUGUGAACGAUGCGAAACACAUGGAAUGAGAUCUGAUAAUAGAACGACGUUUCCACAACUAACGGCAGCUUUAAGAACUGAUUAG